AUGAAGAUCGCCAGAUCAGCAGAUAGCAUUCCUGAACGGACUGCCGGUACAGGACUUGCGGCGGUGCCAAAAGGUCAAAUGGUCAGCAUAUCGCAAUGCAUAACGUCCUCUGACAUUGCGGAAGCUCAUUCAAUAGACGAAUCUAAAGUGAAGGCUAAGCUGACCUCCAUAAUAAUGAGGACAAAACUCGACUUCAGUUGUGACGAUGAAUCGAAAGAAAGUCGUGAAGUGAAUGCAGUACAAGGCCAAAAGGCCGCCAUCAGUAAGGUACGACUCACAAAUAAUUCGACACAAUGGUUAUGA